AUGAAUCAUCACAGACUCCAAAUGUCAACUACGCUUUUGUCUGCCGGUAGACCAGCUGUGAAUGUAAAACUGCUGGUACGUUUGCAGUCCUCGUUGUCGCCCACUUUGGCGAAAAUGCAUUCCGCAUUGAAGACGGAUGAGUUGCUGCCUGAUAAAACAGCCGACUAUGUGCGUUUGAUUCUGCGCUCAUCCGUGUACGAUGUCAUCGGAGAAUCGCCAAUUUCUCAUGGUGUGGGCCUUUCUUCUCGUCUCAACACGAAUGUUCAAUUGAAAAGAGAAGAUCUACUGCCUGUGUUUUCGUUCAAGUUGCGUGGUGCUUACAACAUGAUCGCCAAAUUGGAUGAUGCGCAGAAAAGUAAAGGUGUCAUCGCUUGUUCAGCCGGAAACCAUGCACAAGGUGUGGCCUUUGCAUCGAGACACUUGAAUAUUCCUGCGACAAUUGUGAUGCCCGUUAACACGCCCUCCAUUAAAUACCAGAAUGUGUCGAGACUUGGGUCACAGGUUGUUCUGUACGGAUCAGAUUUCGAUGAAGCCAAGGGCGAGUGCGCGCGUUUGGCUGAAGAACGCGGACUCACCAACAUUCCACCAUUUGACCAUCCUUAUGUCAUUGCUGGGCAAGGCACAAUUGCUAUGGAGAUUCUAAGACAGGUUCACAAAGCUUCCAAAAUUGGUGCUGUAUUCUGUGCUGUAGGCGGUGGUGGUUUGGUUGCAGGUAUUGGUGCCUAUUUGAAGAGAAUCGCGCCUCAUAUCAAGAUUGUUGGUGUUGAGACUUACGAUGCUGCCACUUUGUACACCUCUUUGAAAGCAGGGAAGCGUGUCGCCCUUCCAUCUGUGGGAACUUUUGCUGAUGGUACAUCCGUUCGUUUAAUUGGUGAAGAAACUUUCCGUGUAGCUCAGCAAGUUGUGGAUGAAGUUGUUCUAGUGAACACUGACGAGAUUUGUGCAGCCGUGAAGGACAUUUUCGAGGACACGAGAAGUAUUGUUGAACCCUCGGGGGCCCUGGCCGUUGCAGGUUUGAAAAAAUACGUGACCCAAUUACAUCCCGAAAUUGAUCAUUCCAAAAACACUUAUGUUCCGGUCCUAUCUGGGGCUAACAUGAAUUUUGAUAGAUUGAGAUUUGUGUCAGAACGUGCUGUGCUUGGUGAGGGCAAAGAAGUGUUCAUGCUCGUUACUAUCCCAGAUGUGCCUGGCUCCUUCAAGAAAUUGCAAAGAGUUAUUCAUCCUCGUGCCGUUACCGAAUUCUCUUACCGUUACAACGAGCACCGUCAUUCCGGCUCUUCCGAAGUGCCAAAAGCUUAUAUCUACACCUCUUUCAGUGUAGUCAACCGUGAAAAGGAAAUAAAGCAAGUUAUGCAACAGCUACAUGGUCUUGGAUUUGAAGCUGUAGACAUUUCUGACAAUGAAAUGGCCAAAAGCCACGGCAGAUACCUUGUUGGAGGUGCUUCAAAGGUUCCCAACGAAAGAAUCGUGUCAUUUGAAUUUCCAGAGAGGCCAGGUGCACUCACAAAAUUCUUGGAUGGUUUGAGCGAUUCCUGGAACUUGACUUUGUUUCAUUACAGAAAUCACGGUUCUGAUAUCGGUAAGGUAUUAGCAGGUAUUUCAGUUCCACCAAGAGAGAAUUUGACUUUCCAGAAGUUUUUAGAUGACCUAGGCUACAAAUACAACGAUGAAACCGACAAUAUGGUGUAUCAGAAGUUUUUAAAGUAUUAG